AAAAUACUUUCACCCAAUUGAAAAAAGUUUUGUUUUUGUAACGCUUUGUAAUUGGACCAUUAACAUACGCCAAACAUUAUUUCACGACUCGGUGGGCUCGAAAUGAUAAUAACAGGGUAUGUACUGUAAGAGUCAUAUAUUAAUAAUGAUAACAGUGAUAGGAUUGAUAGUCCCAUCCAGUACACACCAGAGCAAACGCUUAUCCGCACAUGGCAUCAUUGGGUCUGGUAUAUACCUCUUCCGAGUCCAUGCCAGUUCAAAAGCACAACGGGUCCUCGUUAGAGGUUCCAAUCGAAGCUCUCUUCCUCCAAUGGCAAGUCGUUAUAUGGAAGUAAAUGAGUAGGUGGAACAGGGCUGCAAAGGGAGGACAUGUAUGGACUUGAAGAAGAGCAGCGCGCGUAAAUCGAGCCUUCCGUACCUCAUCGAUAUCUCGAAGUCACGGACGGUACAUGCAGCCGGUACGGGAUGAAAUUACUGUACAGUACAUCAUGUCAUUCUGAACAUGAUCAUCUGAGCCUAACGAUCUCCUCGAUCGCGUCUCACACGUAUUGCUCAUGCAGUCUAUUCUCACUAGUUUCAUAACAUUGGGAGUGCGUGGUUCCUCGAUUUUAUACAUUGUCUUCCGUUGAACACAAAGAGGAAAAAAUAUGAGAGCCGCGCAUCAUCGGAACAGGUGAAAUACCCGGAUAUCCCAUAUGGACCUCGAUAUGUGAACUCGUGUUAGACCAUAAUUACAACAUAGAACAAGUUUGAGAGCUCUAUGCUCUUGUGUACCCAGUAUAGCAUUUUCCAAAUGAAAUCCAACAAAGUGCGCACACCAGUACCAUGAUUUACCCAGAUAGGAAUCUGGACAUCAGGUCAGGGAAUCUAACAAAGGGAUGACAUCGAUUUGCUCAUGCAAUCCACUUAUACCUUCACACUUUAGACUCUUUUGUUUCCCCAGAAUCCAGUAUCCAAGCCUAAAAAUUCGUAGCAAUCAGCAUCCUGGUGACUAGAUUUUAUAGAGAAGUGUAGACAGUACGCAACUUGGCCAUCUUCUGGCCGAGUGAUAAAAUGCCAGGUGAACAAAGCUAUGUCACAUUCGAGCAAGAUCGAAGUGGCAGAAAAGAGCAACCCGAUGACUCACGUCAACAGGAACGCCAGGCGUUAGAGAAAUUCUCCAUGCCAAGGCAGAAAGAAGCCGGAGACUCGAAUGAGCAGCAGCCGAGCGAUGGACAAGAGAUGUGCAAGAGGCAGCAACCUAUGGCAUCGCACCUUGUGCGGCCCACAAGCGAACUCCGAUAAGCGUUCGCUUUUGCUGCCUCCUGCUGGGCGAGAAAGAUACUCGGGGCCCCACGUCACAGCCCCAAGGAGGAGGAGGACCACCACCACCACCACGUCGAGAUUGCUGAGUGCGCAGAAAGAAGCUUUCGGAGACCAAUGCCAUCGCAUCGGGCGAACGAUCGUCGAGCUUGCAGCCCUAGGAAGGCCCAACAAAGAUCUCCUCCGGAUACGUACGCAGUCACGGGCUCACAGCAUGAAGUGGAGGCAACUGGGGCCAACGUUGUCGCGGUCCUCAUUGGAGAAUCUCCUGCACGCAGCAACUUCUGACCAAAUGGGAACGCAGUCCCGUCCUCCGGUUCCAUAAAUGUCGACAUGUGCCCUUGUCAGCGUAUUUCCAGCCCAGUCGGCUUGGCCUCGCCUCGCUUUUGCUGGCGUCCGGUGAAUAUCCGGGAAAAAGCAUCUCUCAGAAGUUCACCGCACGCUAGCUAAAUUUAGACCCUCGGGAGUUCUUGCCUUCUUUCUUGCUCGAAUGGGAUAAAGCGAGAGAUUUUUCAACUCUUUGAUUUUCUGGCGACGAGAAAAUUUGCAUCAUCACGAAGCAAUGAAGUGUAAUUCGC